AAUUAGUCAAUGAAAUAUUUUGUAAAAUUAGUGAUGAGUUUGAAAUAGUUUAAACUUGCAUGCUAAUUUAAGACAAGUUUUGUGAUUAUCCCUUUUUAUACAGAACUGAUGUUUUCUUCAUUGCAAUAUAUUUUUACUGAAAAUUGAAAACAAUUGUUGCAAGGAGCUAAAGAAGGGCAAUGGAGGAGCAAUUCAUACUAAGAGUACCACCAGCAGUAUCGGAAAGAAUUGAGCGUCUUCUAAACGACCCAACAUCUUCAGACGACAAGUCCUUGGAUUUGAGCUUUUCUGAUGAUGGAAGAACUGGCUCGUUUUUUAUAGGCAAUGACCAGUUCUCUGCAUCACUCUUGGAUCUUCCCACUGUUGUAGAGUCCUAUAAAACUUAUGAUGACAGUGCGUUGAUAAAAACUGCAGACAUUGGUCAAGUGUGGCAGAUGAUAAUGGUGACAGAGGAUGGUGACAGUGUUCCAGACACUGUGGAGUACAGACACGGCCUUACCCCUCCAAUGAGGGAUGCUCGAAGGCGAAGAUUUCGCCGGGAGCCAGAUUUAAAUGUGCUAAUUCCUAAAUUUAUUGCCUUCAAUUGUUAUUUUAUCUCUCAUUUGUUUGUCCUCUUAUUGAAUGUGAUGUUGCUAUAGCUCAUUCAAUAUCAUCUGCCCUGAUUGUUUCUGAGGCACUUCUAAAUUACUCC